GUUGUAGUAGGAUAGUACCCUUGCCAAAAAAAAAAAAAAGCAUAUCACACUUUAUAUGUCAAGAAAUAACUUGUAAAACAGGUAUUAGAGUGUAAAAAGAGAAAUUAUCAAUCACAAGAACAAAAGAAAAAGGAAAGGGUCCCUAAAAAAGAAUAUUACCUCGUUAAUGCAAUACAAAUGUUUUCCACAACAAACAAAAGGGAAAAAGUGUAUAAGGUAAUGCUCCUAUAAAAGCUCAGCUUUGUGCGCAACUACUCCUCCCUCUCCCUAUAAAGUCGCACACUACUCCUCCACUUCAUACACUCCAAACCUAAAAUCUCUCAAAAAACUCUCCCAAAAUUCACUUGAAAAUAGUGACUUUUUAGAAAACUUCAAACAAACUCAAAAUAUAAGCUCAAAACUCAAUUCAAGCAAUCAAUGAUUAAAUUAUGGAGGAUAUAACUUCUUCAAUCCAAAAGAAAGGAACUAAAAAUAAUUACGUUCCCAUCGUUAUAAUCUCACUUGGUGCUAUAAUCACAACUUCUGUAGCACUCUCACUUCUUCAUAUAAUGUUCAUCAAAUACUGCAAAAGAACCCGUCAAAGAGCUCAAAAUCUCUCCAUUGAACCAUCAACUAAAACCGGUCUCGAUAAACGUGUACUAAACACAAUCCCAAUCUUAUUUUACUCCUCUAAAACAUGUGAUUUAUAUGGAAUUAAUCAAGAUGAUGAUGAAUGUGUUAUAUGUCUUGGACAGCUUACAAAAGGUGACUUAAUACGUAGGCUGCCUAAUUGUGGCCAUAUUUUUCACGUCUCAUGCAUUGAUCAUUGGUUCCAUGCCCACAUAAACUGUCCCAUUUGUCGCUCCGUCGUCCGUGCCACGGCUUGUGGCAACGGCGCUGCUGCUGGUGGUGGUAGUGCUGGUCAUGGUUUGCCGAGGACUCGGUCCGGGGGUUUGCUAUGUCAUUCCACUAAAUUGGUGCUGCCUAUUCAAGGACUAGGACCACAAGACUUGGUUAAGGUGGGUUUGAAGCGAUCCUUAUCAAUGGAUGAAUGUUGUGUGGUAAUUGAUACAACAAAUGAACAAUCUAAUACUACUACUACAACAUCAUCAUCUUCUUUUAAUUCAUCGUUAUUAUCUAAUAGUAAUUGUUGUAACCCUCCUUUGUCAAGAAUUGAUUUCUUAUUGAGUAGAUUAUAUCAGGCUCAAUCAACUAGACGUUUUAAUCAUAAUAUGCAUGGUGGUACUUUGAGGAACAACGGAAUUCUACCUUAUUGAUUACCAACUUCUAAGUUUAGCAUCCAAGCCAAAAAAAGAAAAGAAAAAAAAAAAGAAUUAGGAGAUUUAAAUAUUAUUGAUUACAUGAUAUUAAUGUAUAAGCUAGGGUUUUUUUAAUCAAUUGCGCUUGUUAUUCUUUAAAUAUUUUUUUCGAACCGUUAAUGUAUUGUUCAUGACUUCAUGAGUUUUAAAGUAUGAUAAUUAAAGAUUAUAAUUAUUCCCUA